AUGUACCAGGCACCAGUGCGGGCUGUUGGAUCCAGCAUGGCUGAAACAUUCUUUCCGCCAAACUCUUCUUCCGGAAAACACCAUUCUUGCCCUGUGUUGAACCUGCCUGAUUCUUGUCCUGUGCUGAACCUGCCUACUUCUUGCCGUGUGCUGAACCUGCCUGCUUCGUGCCGUGUGCUGAACCUGCCUGCUUCUUGCUCUGUGUUGAACCUGCCUGCUUCUUGCUCUGUGCUGAACCUGCCUGCUUCUUGCUCUGUGCUGAACCUGCCUGCUUCUUGCUCUGUGUUGAACCUGCCUGCUUCUUGCUCUGUGCUGAACCUGCCUGCUUCUUGCCGUGUGCUGAACCUGCCUGCUUCGUGCCGUGUGCUGAACCUGCCUGCUUCUUGCUCUGUGUUGAACCUGCCUGAUUCUUGUCCUGUGCUGAACCUGCCUACUUCUUGCCCUGUGCUGAACCUGCCUGCUUCUUGCCCUGUGUUGAACCUGCCUGCUUCUUGCCCUGUGUUGAACCUGCCUGCUUCUUGCCCUGUGCUGAUCCUGCCUAAUUCUUGUCCUGUGCUGAACCUGCAUGUUUCUUGUACUGUGCUGAACCUGCCUGCUUCUUGCCGUGUGCUGAAACUGCCUACUUCUUCCUCUGCGCUGAACCUGCCUGCUUCUUGCCCUGUGUUUAACCUGCAUGCUUCUUGCCGUUUGCUGAACCUGCCUACUUCUUGUCCUGUGCUGAACCUGCCUACUUCUUGCCCUGUGCUGAACCUGCCUGCUUCGUGCCGUGUGCUGAACCUGCCUGCUUCUUGCCGUGUGCUGAACCUGCCUGAUUCUUGCUCUGUGUUUAACAUACCUGAUUCUUGCCCUGUGCUGUACCUGCCUGCUUCUUGCUCUGUGCUGAACCUGCCUGCUUCUUGCUCUGUGUUGAACCUGCCUGAUUCUUGUCCUGUGCUGAACCUGCCUGCUUCUUGCUCUGUGCUGAACCUGCCUGUUUCUUGCUCUGUGUGA